UUGAGAGAAGAAAAAAAAAAGUUAGUUAGGUUAGUGAGAGGGCUGUGAUUUUCAACGCGCAGUACAGUCAUUACCAAUGUCUGCGUUAGAGGAGCCGUAAGUUUUGGGGAAAGUCACGCGGACAGCGCUUUUAAAGAGCUCAGACACUUCAGAAGAAGUUUAAACGACAAAGUUUGGUAGAUAUGCGCGUUUCCACAUUUAUUGGGGUGUUCUCGGGAAGCAGAAAAACACAGCGCUGCCAACUUUUUUUCGCAAGGCUUGGAUAAUUAACAAAGCGGACGGACAGAAAACAGCUUUGAGCUGUUUGGAUUUAAAGUCUGGGCGUUUUAUGGUUGCGGCCGAUUUUUAAGGUUUCUGCCUUUUCAGUCGGAUAGAAAGCGGAGCUGCGUUUUAUCUGGAGUCAUGGAUCCGAGCCAGCACAACCCUCCUGCCGGCCAUCAGAUCGUCCAUGUUCGGGGAGACUCCGAGACCGAUCUGGAGGCUCUUUUUAAUGCUGUGAUGAACCCGAAAAACAACAUCCCCCCCUCCGUGCCGAUGAGGCAGAGAAAGCUGCCGGCCUCGUUCUUCAAGCCGCCAGAGCCAAAGUCCCACUCCAGACAAGCCAGCACGGAUGCAGGUACUGCUGGUACCCUCACGCCCCAGCACGUCAGGGCACACUCCUCACCCGCCUCCCUGCAGCUGGGUGCAGUUUCUCCCGGCACGCUGAGCAGCAUGGGUCCAGCAAACGCCCCACCUCAGCACCUCCGCCAGUCUUCUUACGAAAUACCCGACGAUGUGCCACUGCCCCCGGGCUGGGAGAUGGCCAAGACCCCUUCGGGCCAGAGAUACUUCCUAAACCAUAAUGACCAGACGACCACCUGGCAGGAUCCACGUAAGGCCCUCCUUCAGAUGAACCAGGCCGCCCCGGCCAGCCCAGUGCCUGUGCAGCAGCAGAACAUCAUGAACCCUGCCUCAGGUCCUCUUCCUGAUGGUUGGGAGCAAGCUAUUACCUCAGAAGGAGAGAUCUACUACAUCAAUCACAAGAACAAAACCACCUCUUGGCUGGACCCACGACUUGACCCGCGUUACGCUAUGAACCAGCAGCGAAUUUCCCAGAGUGCUCCAGUGAAGCAAGGCUCCCAGUUGCCCUCCAGUCCGCAGAGUGGAGUCCUGGGUGGAAACAACCAGAUCAGACUGCAGCAGAUCCAGAUGGAGAAAGAGAGGCUGAGAAUCAAACAAGAGCUCCUUCGCCAGAGACCCCAGGAGCUCGCCCUGAGAAACCAGCUGCCCACCAGCAUGGAGCAGGACGGCGGCACUCAAAACCCUGUGUCCUCACCCAGCAUGGGGCAAGACGCACGUAACAUGACCACCAACAGCUCGGACCCGUUCUUGAACAGCGGGACGUAUCACUCCAGAGACGAGAGCACGGACAGCGGCCUGAGCAUGAGCAGUUACAGCGUCCCCCGCACUCCAGACGACUUCCUCAACAGCGUGGACGAGAUGGAGACAGGCGAUACCCUCGGCCCCAGCCCGAUGGCAACACAGCCCAGCCGUUUCCCCGACUACCUAGACGCCAUCCCGGGCACAGACGUGGACUUGGGCACCCUGGAGGGGGAGAGCAUGGCAGUGGAGGGCGAGGAGCUGAUGCCCAGCCUGCAGGAAGCCCUGAGCUCCGACAUCCUCAACGACAUGGAGUCAGUGCUGGCAGCUACCAAGAUCGACAAGGAGAACUUUCUGACCUGGCUAUAGAGCGCCGGGAUCCAGCACUACGCCUUCUCUUCCAACACGCUGAACUGCUGCCUAAUCCAAUCUGUGAAGGAUGUGUAGAUGCGCCGAGUUGAGAAAAGAAAAGAAAAGACAUUUCACCCUACUGGACUGGUUUUUUUUCGAUAUCUUCUGUUCGCUACGUUUGGCCGAAUUGGUUUUAAAAGCAGUGGUAUUUUAACCGUCGGGCUUCUUUUUGUUUUACUUACGUCUUUUUUUUUUUUUUCAUGUCUGCAUCCUCAAGGCUGGCCCAUGAACAGACAAGUAUCCACAAGUACCCAAAUCUCUUUCACGGCUGUACUGCGUGCAAAGUAUGCGAAUGUGAAGUAGUGUGCGCGAAGUGUCGUUUCGAGGGCUCCGAGAGAAAUAAAGACAGACGAACCCCCGAAAUCAACUCACCGCAACCUCCCGUGACUGCAGCGUCCCAAGAUCUCAGCUCGCCCUACAACUGACUGUCUUUUUUUUUUUUCGUUGUUGUUUUUCCUCGUACGGCAAUGAGCCUGAGAAACCAAAAAGCGUUGAGGAGGUCGUCUGUACGUGAUGGGAUUGCGAUUUGAAAGGUCUAUACCGUAAAGGGUUUUAACGUGUGGCUUUGGUUAAACGAAUACUGCUGCUUGGCUGUGCCAGCAUAUCACACUAGAAACUGUGUAAUCAAGUGCCUUCAGACAAACAAAAAAAAAAAAAAAAAAAAGAUUGAGACAUGUUCCUGUCGUUUUUACGCUAGAGAUCAUAGAUCAAAUGUACGUACUCGCUUCAUUAAUCAAAGUAUAUUUCUUUCAAAGGUUUUAUAAAAAAAAUAUUAUGUUGGGAAUUAGGGUUUGAUUUCUCUUCUUUUUCUUCUUUAAAGAACCCUAGCCUCUUUGCGUGUUAGUUUUAUUUAAGCCUGAUUUUGUUUUCGCGAGGGUUAUGGCAUUCACGUGUGAUCAAAUACAAAUCGGGUCUGUUUUUGCUCUCAUUUUAACCGUUUUCUACAGAACAAGUAUUCUAAGAGCUGCCUUACAGUACAUGAACCGAUUGGCCAAGAACACUAACUAGGUGGACGCUAUCAUUUCCGCUACAUCGUAACCGGUCUGAGGUGAGGGGGUCGUUUGGUUUCGUUAGCGAUAGCUUUUUAUCUUACGAUUUUAGUAUCUCAGUCGAUGUUGUUGUUGUUGCUUACUUGCUAAUUUUAGUGAAAAUCUCUUCUUCUUUUUUUAACCCAAAAGCAAUGAACAAAAUAUCAAGGGCACUUUGAUCAACAGACAGACAUCUCUGAUAUGAGCUCCAGUAGAGUCUGUGCCAGUCAUGUUGAUGGAGUUUGGGACAGGAAAAGGAAGGUUCUGAUACGUUUAGAUGGAUAGAUGAGCACGUCUUGAGGGUUAGUGCUAUAGAUUAGCUGUUAGCUUGGAUUGGAAUUUGGUAACUGUGGAUAUGAGCGAUAGAGUAGACUUUUAUGGAAACAAUCAGUUAUCGUUUCUGUCAGGACUUCUUCGAGGCUUCCAAAGACUUGUUUUUUUUGUUUGUUAGUAACGGACAAAAUAAUUUAUCGUACUUUUAUGUAGGACAUAAGCUAAUGAGAAAAGGUCUAAUUGAUUUUUGAGGAGAUUUCUAAUGAAGCGAGAUUUGACAGGUCCUCUUAUGCUGGUUCUAAUAAAACGCAUUAGGCAGGUUACCUAGGUUUACGUUUUUUCACUAGAGCAGAACACUACAGGGACUUUGUCCAUUACAGAUUCGCUGCAGACGCUUGGAAUUCAGUAAUAUGAAUAUUUCCUCUUGUUUACAAUAUACGGAUACCUUUACACUACAUAAUGGCUCAGUAACUGGCCCGUAAAUGUGUGUUGUACUGAUUUUUUUAUUUUCUUUAAAAAAAAAUGUAAAAAAAAAAAUGCAUUUUUAUCAGUAUAAUGUCUGUGGUCUGUUGGGGUGAAUAUACCGCUAUGGUUUUUAAUUCAAUUGCCUCGGUAAGCAAAAAUUUUAUGGUCAAAUUUUAUGAUCAGAAACCUCAAGCUAGGCCAUAGUAUUGAAAGUUAGAGGUUGUAGAGGAAAAUGGAAAAAAAAAGAUGAGCUAAGAGAAAUAUAUUUUUGCAAACAUAGUAUUGAUGGCAGACUCUAGUGGGGUAAAACAGUGUUGGAGAGAGCAAUGCAACAAAAUGUUUUAUGAAUUGUGGGUACAGUGAUGGUAUUGCACGUUUCUAGAACAUUGACUAAAAUGUGUAUGUCACUUAAACAUGAUUUUAUGCUUGCUUAGUGUGCAACUGUUCAGAAUAUAUAGUACCCGUUUACUUUCUUUUUUUUUUUUUUGUAGUGGUAGUACUAAUCACACAAGUUAAUGGAUUGGUAUUUAGAUUUCUUUUAAAUGCACCCAGAAUGAAUUUAUAUCCAUUUAUUAUGAUCUCUUUUUUUUUUUUUUUUUUUUUUUUUUUUUAAAUCAAUGUAUGUGCAUGUACCUUAGAACCUUAAGUUCUGUUACAUUAUAUCUCUUUACAUGUUACUUUAAAAUUGGCCUGGAAUAAAGUAUAUACUUUGGUAGUUA